AUGUCUUCACACAACCUUACCGACGAGAAAGGGGUCAGAGAAUACCUCGAAGCACAUCAAUUCACACCCAUCAGCGUACAAUUACUCUCAGGAGGCAGUGCCAACUAUGUCUACCGUGUCGUAAACCAUGAUGGCUCGACACGCAUCUUAAAACACGCAGAACCCUAUUUGCAUAGCAACAAAGACUUUGCAUUCGACCCUAAGCGUAUGAACUACGAAGCGCGAAUCUUGCAGGCUCUAUCUUCCUCCGAGAGCCCUUUGAUCGCAACUCUUCCCGGAUCGAACGUACACACGGUACGGCUGUUGAACUACGAUGAGACCAACAAGCUGCUUGAACUCGAAGAUGGGGGUAGUCGAAAUCUAAAGGACGCUUAUACAGACUCGGAGCUUGAUAUACCAUAUAUUGCGGAACAGAUUGGAAGAUGGCUCGUUGCACUGCAUCUAUCCGCAAGAAAUCUCUCGCUCGCUUCGCCGGAUCAAGGCCGAGGCACCGACAAUAACCCUAUCGCGGUUGAUAUUUAUCGGUAUCCGUACAACGGCCUGCACAUCGCCCUGAGACAAUCUGGUUACGACCCUCAGUUGGCUCACGUCAUCAAUGAAAAAUUCGGAAGUUUAGUCGCGGUAGAUGAUGAAUGUAUCUGUCACGGCGACUUUUGGCCUGGCAAUGUUCUCGUGCGGGAAUUUGAACAAGAACCAGUCGAGCUGACGAUUGUGGACUGGGAACUGGUGCGCCGCGGUACCAGCGCAACCGAUGUUGGCCAGUUCGCUGCCGAAUCGUUCCUUCUUGAUCGCUUUCGUGGCGGUAGGGGUUUGCUUAGUGCAUUUCUGAACGCCUAUGUUAUAGUUCGGGAGCAGACAGAGACGCUUGGUAGAUCGUGGCUGACAAGAGUGGUAGUGCACUGGGCAGUUCAUGUUGCGUUUUGGCCUACUAGAGUCAGAUGGUCGAACGAGGAGGAGACUAAGGCCCUUGUUGAAGUGGGCGUUGCUACUUUGGAAAACAUUCUGAAUGAGGAUUGGGAGAAGGUGUUGGAGUCACCAUUGUUGAGAGACGUAAAGGAAAGGUAUGCUGCAUUGUUAGCGCGACCUUAA